GCCAACAGCACGUUUCACUCUCACACCGAGAGCAGGGGGGAAGAGGAGAGGAUACUCUCCUGUGUCUACUUGUUGAUAUUUACCUGUAUCAGGAGCUCUCAGGACAGCUGGGACAUGGUGAUGUCUGCGUGAAACAAAUGUGUUUUCCAACAUGCCGCUACGUGGCUCAUGAUGCCUCCCUCAGCUCCAAGCGGAGAGCCGGAGAUCUGGACGGGGAACACAAGUUUGAAUCCUGAGAUUACUCCUGAAAUGUUGCUGCUGGACGUUCAUGAGACAUACCGGGAUAUGCGGGAGACACCUCGGGUAAGAAACAAGGAGGGACCCUGAUGCAGUCUUCUCCAGGACCAUGUCUUCUUAAUCCACCAGACUGUAUCUUCCAGUCUUUUUAAGAGUCCAAGGGAUCUGAAAGAUGAACAAAUCAGGAUCUACACCUGGCUCCUUGCAGUCACCAGACACCAUGGACAUCAUCCACAGCAAGACAAACACCCGCCGGGUGAGACUCAACGUUGGCGGCCUCCUCCAUGAGGUCCUUUGGAGGACUCUGGACCGGCUGCCCCGCACCAGACUGGGCAAGCUGAGAGACUGCAACACCCACGACUCCAUCAUGGAGAUCUGCGACGACUACAGCCUGGAUAGCAAUGAGUACUUCUUCGACAGACAUCCUGGCGCCUUCACCUCUAUUCUCAACUUCUACCGCACAGGGAAGCUGCACAUGAUGGAGGAAAUGUGCGCCCUGUCGUUCAGCCAGGAGCUCGACUUCUGGGGCAUCGACGAAAUCUACCUGGAGUCGUGCUGCCAGGCCAGGUAUCACCAGAAGAAGGAGCAGAUGAAUGAGGAGCUGAAAAGAGAGGCCGAGAACAUGAGGGAGAGGGAUGGAGAGGAGUUUACAACCACAUGUUGUUCUGAGAAGAGGAUGAAGCUGUGGGAUCUCCUGGAGAAGCCAAGCUCUUCAUUUGCUGCUAAGAUCCUGGCAAUCAUCUCCAUCCUCUUCAUCGUGUUGUCCACCAUCGCCUUGUCUCUGAACACCCUUCCAGAGCUGCAGGACACAGAUGAGUUUGGCCAAACAACAGACAACCCACAACUGGCUCAUGUGGAAGCUGUAUGCAUCGCUUGGUUUACCAUGGAGUACCUGCUGCGCUUCCUAUCCUCCCCUAACAAGUGGAAGUUUUUUAAGGGUCCUCUAAAUAUAAUCGAUCUGCUGGCUAUUCUCCCCUACUAUGUCACCAUCUUUUUGACAGAAUCAAACAAGAGUGUGCUGCAGUUUCAGAAUGUCCGACGAGUAGUGCAGAUAUUCAGGAUCAUGCGGAUCUUGCGUAUAUUGAAGCUGGCCCGUCACUCCACAGGUCUUCAGUCUCUGGGAUUCACUCUUAGGAGGAGUUACAAUGAGCUAGGCCUGCUGAUCCUUUUCUUGGCCAUGGGCAUAAUGAUAUUUUCCAGUCUUGUGUUCUUUGCAGAAAAGGACGAAGAGGACACCAAGUUCAAAAGUAUCCCAGCUUCAUUCUGGUGGGCAACCAUUACAAUGACAACAGUAGGUUAUGGAGAUAUCUACCCAAAAACUCUUCUAGGAAAGAUAGUUGGAGGAUUGUGCUGCAUAGCUGGAGUUCUGGUGAUAGCCCUGCCUAUCCCCAUCAUCGUGAAUAACUUCUCUGAGUUCUACAAAGAACAAAAAAGGCAGGAGAAAGCCAUUAAAAGAAGGGAAGCUCUGGAGAGAGCUAAACGGAAUGGUAGCAUUGUCUCUAUGAACAUUAAAGAUGCAUUUGGCAACAGUAUAGAGCUCCUGGAUGUAAUGGUGGAAAAUACAAUUGAAAAGAACGAUAAAGUGCAUGGUAACCAUGCUCAGCCCAAAGGGACAUCCAAACUCAAGUUACAGAUGAGCCCCAGCAGUCCCAUCAAAACCAUCGAACCAAUCUACCAAGAGCAAGCCAAGCCCUCAAGCAGCCCACAGCAUCUCAGUGCACAUAAACUGGAGGAGGCAUACAACAAGAUGGCCAAGACCAGGUCUCUACCCGACCCCAACAACAAGGACAAAGGGUCACAGUCCAAAGCAACGAGGCGGAGAACGGAAAUUGAGAUGGGAAGCAUCCCUGCCGAAGCCCACCUCAAUCCAGCAGAGGUGGUUUCAGACAUGAGGAGCAUGUCUAGCAUUGACAGCUUCAUCAGCUGUGCCACCGACUUUCCUGAGAGCUCACGCUACUCCCAGAGCCUCGUCGGCAACAUACCCUGGAAGGUCAGCACCAACCCGAGCCUGGAACCCACCUUGGAGAACGAACAUGAAGGAUCCCAGGGUAACAGUACACCCCUGACAGGACACAGCAACAAAUCCAGUCCCUACCCUGACAGCCCCAGGGAUCUGCACUUCAGAAACCCUGUCAAAAGCCGCCCACUCAAAGUCAACUUCAGAGCAAGAGAGGAUUCAGGAACAGGGGUGCUCUCAGACAGCUCGUCAGUCCAAAGCCCAGAGGCGUCCAUCUACACAACUGCCAGCAGCAGGACACCAAGCAAGAGCCCAGAAUAUUUACCACCAAGCAUAUUCACAUUCCAUGAUUCAUCUAUCAAUACAUUCAUCGAUGCUGACACUGAUGAGGAGGAGCACCUCCAUGACGGCUCUGGCACCAACCCAUCUCAAAGACUCUUGGAAAACACUAGCCCCAAGUUUAGCCAUCACGCAGGAUUCCAGCAAGGGUCCAACCACACGGGGGGCCUGCAGAGGAAGCUUGGGAACAGCACACUGCCAGCAGCAGUGCAAGAGAACCAUGUGGCUCAGGAACUACUGGCACUUCAGGGAGAGAAGAGUCACUAUAAAGCUUAAAGGUGCAAGUGAAGGACCUCAAGAGAAACAUUAACGGUAGUAGAAAACAGGAAGGGAAACAUAAAGGACAAUGGACGCAAAACUGAUCUUCCCAAAAAAUAUGAAAAGCACUGAAGACAUUUACAAAACAUAAGGUUCUCCCAUGAGGUACAAUUGUUGUGGACAUUGUGGAGCUCUCCCACCAGGGACUCAUGAAUAAAUGAAUUUGCCAGAGGACUCUGAUCAAAGAUGUUUUAAAAUGGCAAAGGAUGCUAUUAAUACAUUUGUUUAAACCCAGAUUACCACCCUAUAAUAAUAGCCUAGUUGUAGAAGUAUAAAAUAUAAUUUUUACAAGCAAGCCCUAUUUUUCUGACAUCCCUGGAUACUAUUUGAAUGCCACUACAGCAAAUCUGUCCAUACAGUAGCAAACCAUUGUAUUGCAUUUAAGGAAAUGUAAAGGAACAAUAUUCCUUUUUUUUCAUGUUUUUAAAGUCUAAACUCAUUUACAAGGCAACGGUGUGUUUGGAAAAUGUUCAGGGCACUCCCUUUAACUUUUUUCCUUAGAACUGGCCUUAGCUCACUUGUUUUUGUGUUUUUACAUGGGGAAAAAAAGAGAAGUUCAACCAAUCCAACCAAUGUCUUUCUUGUUCCUGUUGUGCCCGACUGCUGACAACAGAGAGCACCUUAACAUGAGACAAAUAGUUUAUUCUGAACACAGAAGCAGAGAAAUCUUUCUUAUUGGUUCUCAAUGUCAGUAUGUGUCCUGUAGCUUGGUGUUAUCAGUCUUGACCUGAGAAAAUCAUAAAAGUCUUGUGUUAGUUCAAAACUUUCUCAAAGGUGUUCUUGAGGAGUCAUCAUUCCUAUCGUAGCUGAUGAUCUGAACUUUGUAUUAAAUCACAGUGUGUCAUUAUAGCUGGACAGACAGCGCUGAAGAAUCAAAGUUUCUACAACAGUAGAAUAUUACACAAAACAACAUGUGUUGUACAAGGUAAAGAAUCCAGAUACUUUAUAUUUUUAAGAUAUUUUCUAAAAGAAUGGACCUUUAGAAGAAUAUAUUGUGCUAAUGUCAUAUUUUGCAUUUCAAUAUGGAGUACUGCAUUAUUUUGAUGGAGUUUAAUUCAUUAGAUGAUAAACUGUAGUAGAAAAAUGUGUUUGCUACCGACUACUUGUAAAUGUCUGUCCCUCUAUCCUUUGUGCAAUGUGAAGAACCAAAGACUUGUUCUUUCUGAAGAUGGUACAGUAUAUUUUAUUGUUUUAUCUGAAAAUGUUUAAAAAAACAAAAGCAUUCCUUUUCUUAACAGCAGAAUCUGACGUAUUUCAGGGAGCCAUACAUGCUCAUUUGGUACAAACAUGUAAGCCGGGGGAUUGCACAGAUGCCAGGAUUGGCCUCUGAAGGAGAAAGCUGAUUACAUGGCUGAAAAGAGAGGAAACAGGGAAAAGGAAGGGACAACACAGCAGCACUUUAUUUAACAUUCAUUUUGAAAAGCUAAUUUGAUUAUUUACAGACUGUGGAACUUGGCAAGUGGUUUUUGCUUCCAGACAUCCAAAACAUUAUGCACAGACCAAUUCACAUGACAUCUCCUACAAAAUAAAAGCCACCUCACAGCAAUGUACAGCUCGCCUCUCAUACACUAAAGGAGGCACCGUUAAUAUCUGUAGGUCACACUAUCCUGCAUCUUGUAUUUCUUUAAGCACCCAAAUUCAAACAUAUGACCACUCUGGGUGUUGUUCAUCUGGUGCUCUCACUAAUCAAGCAAGCAUGUUUUUUUUGAAAAUUCUUAAAUUAAUCACAUAUCCCGCAAGCAUGCUACAAAGCAUCUACUUUGUGUUUGUAUUUAUUUAAGUAUUUACUCUGUACUCAGUUUUUUAUCAUUAGACCUAAAAUGAGUUAGAUAUUUCUGUGCCUUUGCUUUUUACAGACGCCUGCCACACACACUCAAUCUGUUGUUGUGUCCCGUCUGAUGACGGUUCAACCCUCUGCACAUGAAGUGGAUCAUCAAGCUGCCAGACUGAUAGUGACUGUAUAUACCAACACCUCUGCGCAUCCUGUCUUUCCUCAACACUUGUACUUAAAUGCGCUCAAGAAAUUUGCAUGAAAAAGGCCCAAAUCCACAGCAACAAAAACAGGUACAGAGUGAAUUUUAUGCAUUAUGUAGCCUAAUGUAUGGUGACAGGCCUUCAAGACUCAAAUAAGAUAUAGCAAAUAGACAUGCAGAAGUGUUUAAAUUUUGCUUUUAUUCAGUAAUUAACAUUUUUGUAUCUGAUAUUUGACCUCCUCACCUGUGGCUUCAGUCUGCUUAAGGAGACAUUAUUAUAUUGUGGGCCUUUUGAUUGGUCACAUAAUCCCUUUAUAUCCCUCUUCCAUUGUCAUUGAGAGCUGCACUCAUCCCAGCAAUACUGAACAUGACUGUGUGUGUGUGUGGUCACUUCAGCUCCCUGCUCCUGUGGAGGGAGAGUGUGAAAUGUGAUUGGAAUAGGAACAACCCAUGUGACAGGUGAGAGUUUAUCACACCUGACAGACGUAAGCAGCAUUUUCCUCCUGAACCCAAAGACCUCUUAAACAAAGACAAGAUAGUCACGUCAAACAUUAUAGGCUACGUAAAAACAAAAGUAAGAGCGAAGCAUCUCCUCAGGCAGUAAACAUGCUAUCAUAGCUUGUCCACGAGAUAUACAGACUGAUUAUGAACACAGAACUUAAAUGUGUGUGUUUUCCAUUAUGGUCCCUUUUUGCAGAAUGACAGUGCAAAAAAUGUCACUUUGGGUUUAGGCAUCUGUUUGAGGAUUUUUUUUUCCUUCAUUUCUGAAGUUCUAUAAAUAUCAUCCUGGGCAUGCAAAGGGAGAGACUAGGCCAGCAGGAAAAAGGCUCAGUUACAGCAAAGUCUUUGGGCAGACGUGGUCACGUGGAGUCCUCAGCAACUAACUUUGAAACCAAAAGAAUCAUAAGUCAUUGGUGUGUGGGAUUUGUUGCAGUCGUGCUCUGAACGCUGCGUGGUGAUGGGAUAACAAAUGUCAAACUGACAAACAACGACAUGACUUUCACCAUUAUGGAAAAAAAAAAAGAAAAGCUAAGAAAAUUUAAAAAGGAGGAUUAGUUUCACAGUGAAAAGUGCAGAUUCAUUAACAUUCAUUACACAACAGUCAGACAUGCAGUAAAUACUAACAAAUAUGGAAUUCAGCCUCUCAUCAUGGUGGACUCACUUCCUUUAUACAAGCCAUACUAAAAUGGUCAUUACUCUUUUUCUGAUUGAAGAAUGUUAAUAAUCUUUCUUUUCUUUAAUUAUCAUCAUUAUUAUAUUAUUAUUUAAACUGCACUUUAUUGACCAUGCAAAUAAACUGUCUACAUACAAAGGUACAUUUUGGUUUUAUAUCAAUUUCCAAAAGCACAAGAUUCAAUGUCAUUUUCUUUAAGCACAAUAAGCCAUGACAGAGGUUAAAGCCAAUGCAGACACAUUGUAGAAUUUUCUGAAUCUGUCCCCUUUCUUCAGGGAAUCAUCACCUCCACUCAGCUCUCACUGGUCUGCACACUGCCCACACCAUGUCUGGGGAAAUGUAUGUUUUGUAAAGUUUCAUACUUUGUACCAGUUGACUUUGUUGAAUAUGAUCUUUGUGGUUCCUUGUUGUUGAAUGCAUGUAGCGCUAUUAAACUUUGUGACACAGGACUUGUAAAUACUAUCUACAGUAAGAAGCUUUAGGACAAAGUCUGUGAUCAGAGAUUCUGGAGAUAUUUCCUCCUUUUACUGACUGAUGCUUAAUAAAAGCCAAUAAUCCAGA